AUGUCCUCUUCACCAAUCGCACAUGCAUCUCAGCCAGCGAAUGCCGUCGCAACCGGAACCACAGCGCCCGAGAAGCGGAAACGCACCAAAUAUGCGGCCAAGGCUUGUGUUGAAUGUAAACGGCGAAAGGUCAAAUGCUGUGGUGAGCAGCCGUGUCAGCGUUGUCGUCGGCGCAUGAUGGAAUGUGUUUUUGCUGUGGACGAUGCUACUGCGGAUCGUCGUAAUAUUGAGAGCUUGCUUGAGCAAAUCUCCAAAAUGCAGACGCAAAUCGACAGUCUGACCGGGACAGUGGAAUCCUUCAAUUCAGCAGCACCGUCGCCAUCUCCAAAGAAGCGAAAACUGUCGCGUGGCACAGUUUCCACUCCUCAAAAAAGUGGUAGUAGUAACGGCCUUAAGUCCGAAAUGUCCCAAUCAUCAUCUACGACAGACAAAAUCUCUUUCCAUGGUUUAACUACAUCGUCGUUCAAUUUCGGAAUUGCGCGGCAAACUCUCCGGAGUAGAGGGAUCACGGAAGUCGGCGGAGGAGUAAGCGGCAGCGACGACGUUGACGACUACAGUUUGAACCAAAGAGGAGAUCGAAAUGAGAAUGCCGUCUCAACUCAAGACGUCUCACCGAUGCCCUCACCGUCAAUCACACCACAUCGCAACGAUCCUCACCAUCAACGAUCUUCUUCCAUCAUUGAUCCAUUGCGGGACAUCAACCGGGACGAAGCGAUUCGAUUGUGCCAUGUCUACGAGGAGGAGAUGGGCAUCAUGUACCCUGUGCUGGACUUUGAGACUACUCUCAAUCAGAUCAACGCACUGUACAACCAUCUUAGUCCCUUGUCGUCAUCGUCUGAACAUACGACAAAGGAAGGGCCGCUUUCAGAUGAUGAUAUGAACAUCUUGAAGCUAGUGUUUGCGUGCGCGUUGACUGCCGAAGCGAAUGGAAAUAGUGAUUUGGCCAUGCGAAUAUUCUGGGGUGUCCAAGAUGUUGCGUCGGAUGUGGUGUGGCAGCCGCCAAGUAUCAAGAGGGUGAUUUUUAUUACUCUUGUAUCAAUGUACCUCUUUCAAAUUGAUGAAGAGACAAUGGCUUGGCGAACCAUUGGAAUAGCACAACGACUAUGCCUAGAAAUGGGUCUGCAUCGAUCAGAAACGUAUCCUCAGCCUGCGAUCGUUUUACAUGGAAAGGAAGGUGUCUUGAAGCUUUUCUGGUCUGUAUACACAUUGGAUACCAGGUUCAGUAUGGGCACUGGAAUGCCAUCUCAUCUCGACUCUAGUGACAUAGAUCAGUCACUUCCACGGCCGGCAAAUGAACCGUACCUAAACACAAUGAUCAGCUACAACCGCAUCGCUGAAAGAGUCUGGCGCUUCAUCACCUCCCCAACCCGAAACCAGCACUCCCGCAAGGAAGAAAUGACCUAUCUAGACUGGCAAGUCACACAAUGGUACAACUCUGUUCCAGAGUUUCUGAAAAUCACCAAUCCUGCGGUCACCUCCACGGAUAUCCUACACGACCAACUAAACCACCAAGACGGACCACGAAGUACCCGCCGCCUCAAAGCCUUGCUCUACCUUCGCGCAAAUCUAAUGAAAAUCCUCAUCUACCGCCCCAUCCUGUACACACCCUCUCAAAUCGCCCAAUCCCCCGUCGAAGCUUCAACGGUGGUCGACAUCGCCAAAAACACAAUCUGCUUCAUCACACACCUCAAUAAUUCCACAGACAUUUAUCAGCUACAACAAAUCACAUUCAACUGGUUUUUGAUCUCCGCGCUGGCCGUCCUGUUUUUGGCUGUGGCGCAUGCGCCGGCGCAGUUUACGAGUGCGUGCAAAGAUGAGUUUUAUAUGGCGCUGGGACUGAUUGAAGGGUUCUCAAUGCAUUCGUAUAUUUCGCAGAGAUUGUGGAGGUCAAUUAAGGGGUUGCGGAAGUUGGGGCCCAAGAUUGGACUUGCUGCGAAGCCGUCGGAUCAGAAUCAGCCUGUUGUUAGGCCGCGAUGGAAAUCGCAGCAGCAGCAGCAGAUACCGGCACCACAACAGCAACGAAAGCAGCAGAAACAACAAGACCAGCAGCCGCCAGAAAACUAUCCUAGCGUCACUGCGGUAAACACAAUCCCUCCCGAAGGAGGCGGUAUGCCAACUUACAUAUCACCGCCAAUCGAACCCCAUCAACAACAACCACCACCGCUACAAUCAUCCCUCCAAACCCCACCUGCACCACCACCACCACCACCACCACCAACAACAGCAUCAACCCUAACAGACCUCCAGCCCUCCCCCGACGACUUCCUGCUCACGGACGGCCCACAGAUGAGCCGCGAGCUAAUGGACUGGUUCAAAGUCAUGGGCGAACCCAACAACAUCAAUCUCUUCAACAACAACAACAACAACAACAACAACAACAAUGCCGCCGAAAACGGGUUGAUGAUAAUGAUGGACCCUGCGGCUGGUGCUGGUGCUGGUGGUGGAGGAGGAGGAUGGAAUGGGAUAAUGACCGAUACAACCUCGUGGCCGGCGACGGACGACCUCAUGUUUGGAUAUGGCAGUGACUUGGCCAAUAUUCUGAAGGAUUGUUUUUAG